UAGGUCAUGGGAUGGACUCUAAAACCCUAAUGUCUACUUCACUUCAUUCCCCUGCCUGACUAAAAUGGAAGAAGAACCGCCAACCGAAACCAGAAUAUCACCGCCACAACCGUUGAUCGAAGAACCAGAUCCGAAGAAGCUCAAAAUGUCAUCCACAACCACCACCUCCGACGACGAAGAUGUCAAUUCCAGUUCUGCGGCGCCGAAGAAACAAAGGUACAAGCGCCGCAAGGUCGCCAUUUUCUUUGCUUACUGUGGCGUCGGUUACCAAGGGAUGCAGAAGAAUCCAGGCGCUAAAACCAUUGAAGCUGACCUUGAAGAAGCCCUAUAUCUCGCCGGAGCAGUCCCGGAGCAGGACCGAGGGCUCUCGAAGCGCUACGAUUGGGCCCGCUCGGCUCGCACUGAUAAGGGCGUGAGCGCCGUGGGUCAGGUCGUUUCCGGUCGCUUCUACAUCGAUCCGCCUGGUUUUGUUGAUCGUCUCAAUUCGAAUCUUUCGCCUCAGAUUCGAAUUUUCGGGUACAAGCGCGUUACAGCGUCAUUUAAUGCGAAAAAGUUUUGUGAUCGGAGAAGGUAUGUAUACCUAAUUCCUGUAUUCGCUCUCGAUCCUAAUUGUCAUCGUGAUAGAGAAAGUGUGAAGGCUAGUUUAGGGUCUGACAACGAGCUUGUGAAGUGCUUAGAGUGCUCUGAACGAGGACGCAAGGUUGAAGGCUUGAUGGGCAAGCGCAAUUUCGAAGUAAAAACUGCGAUAAUUGAGUCACACAUUUCGUCGAACACUGGAAACGCCAUUGAAGUUUCUGAUGUUCAGGAAAAUAGGGUUUUAGAAGACAAUGCCACGAUCUCUGAUUCUAAUAAACAAAGUAGCGUUUUAGUCGAAAAUAGUUGUACUGAACUCAAUGUUGAAAGCGAAAGUACUGCAAAAAGUGUAGGCAGUGAAAUGUCUGGAUUAGGGAAUGAUUCAGAGAUUGUUGUAAGCAAAGAGAGUGUUAAUGGGAACGAGAAACCUUCAGGGAGCUUCAAGUAUUGCGAAGAGGAGAAGGCUAGGUUCAAUAGGAUUUUGAAGAAUUAUGUAGGAACUCAUAACUUCCAUAAUUUUACUACCAGAACAAAAGCAGAGGACCCUGCUGCUCGUCGAUUCAUUGUUUCAUUUGAUGCGUCUACCACCGUCGUGGUUGAAGGCAUUGAAUUUGUGAAAUGUGAAGUUGUAGGGCAGAGCUUCAUGCUUCAUCAGAUCCGGAAGAUGAUGGGUCUUGCCGUGGCAAUUAUGAGGAACUGUGCUCCAGAGUCAUUGAUUGAGAAAGCUUUGCAAAAGGAUGUAAAUAUCAAUGUGCCCACUGCACCUGAGGUUGGGCUGUACUUAGAUGAAUGCCUAUUCACAUCGUAUAAUCAAAAAUGGAAAGACAGUCAUGAAGAGGUAUCAAUGAAAGCAUACGAAGAGGUAGCAGAAGAUUUCAAAAUGAAGCAAAUAUAUUCUCACAUUGCAUCCACGGAGCACAAAGAUGGAGCUGUGGCCUUAUGGUUGCAUUCUCUAAACCAUCGGAAUUAUCCCGAUUUACGUGCUGUUGAUGAGGUCGCAGAAAUUGCUAUGAACACAAGUGUUGCCAUGGAGACACAAGCUGAAACUUAAAGGUCUUCUUCCAUCUUUGCUUUAACCUUCCAUUUGGAUACUUUGAGCGAAAAAUAUUUAUUUUUGAUGAUUUAGUGUUGUUUAAUUAUUACUUUAAUCAGAUUAUGCAUAAAUUUUGUUUAAGAAAGUGAGGCCAAUCCAUUAAUUAUGUCAAGUUCUGAUUACUUAUCUACGAGUCAUGUUAUCCUUACAUACCCCUACUACAAGGGUUCGAAAAAAAUUGUUUACCAUAUGAUCAAUAAUUGUAACUUUUAGAAUAUUAGAUGUACGAGAGAGGAACUCUAAAAUAUUUUUUGCCAAUGCAUCUAAUGAAAAGAAUAACUGCAGCAAUUCGUUGCCUUUAGCUUA